GCUCCCCAUGAGGGGAAGGGACAUUUAGGGGUGGGGAGACGUGAAGAGGUCAGCUCGGAGAAUAACCUUGGUAGGACGUCAUCGUUAUUCUGAGCAAUCAUCGUCCAAAUUUGCUUCAUUCAUAUUUUUGGAGAGAGUGCUAAUCGCCAUAGUUUUGGCACGGUCUAAUAGUCGCUUGUUCUCUGGGUGCUCUUAUUUCGGGAUGACCCAUUCGUAUGCUUUGGUACAUAACUGAGAAGCAUAAAAUUGUAGAGAUGCAUUCUUGAGUUAACCCUUCGGUAUUCUUUGUGAGUUCUUUGUAAAAAAGCAUGAGAAAAGUUUUGGAAGUGAAGGAAUCAUUUGAUUUAUCCUAUUUAUGUUUCAUACUACCAGGAGCGGAACCAAAAAUUCUUGUCAAAUCAGAAAGUUCUUUUACAAAACUCAGAAAUGGCAGAUUUAUUUGCUAAUAUCGAUUUAAAGAAAGCUGAUGGUACUGUAAAGAAAGGAAGUGAUGCGCUGGCCAACAAGAUAGUUGUGGCAUUGUAUUUCGCUGCACAUUGGUGUCCACCGUGCCGACAAUUUACGCCGAUCUUAAAAGUGGUUUUCAAGCUUCCGAUCUUUAAAGCUACGGUAGAUUAGUACAAAAUUGACAGGGUCUCGAAGGAUCGUGAAAUACACACAC